AUGCUAAAAGAUGGAAUGUUGUUUGCAACAAAGUUAAGUAUUCUUUACAAUGAUAUGAACUCCAAAAUGAAUGCUUUGCUUUUUCCUUCCUACUUCUCAUUUACCUUCCUUUCCUCUUCUCUUUUACUCUUCUGUCCCAACACUCAAUUUUCAUUCCUUUUUCUCCUCUUCAUGCUUAUCACCUUUUCUUUGGGAUUUUUCUCUUCUUCCCUCUCUUAUUUUUUUUCAUUUUCUUUUCUCUCCUCUCAUCUCCCAAUCUCUCUCUUCUCCUCAUCUCUUUUUUCUUCUUCUCCUCAUCUCUUUUUUCUCUUCUCCUCAUUUCUAAUUUUACUUCUUCUCAUUUCACUGUUCUCUUCUUCUUCUCAUUUCCAUUCUCUUAUUUUUUUCAUCACUGUUCUCUUCUUUUCAUCUCUCCCCCUCAUCUCUUCAUUCUCUUUUUCUUCUUCUUUUUUCAUUGUUCUCUUCUUCUCUUUUUUAUUGUUCUCUUCUUCUCUUCUCAUUGUCUCUUUUUUUUCUGUUUCUCCUUAUUUUCUAUUCCUCUUCUUUUUGUUUCUUCAUCUCCUCUGUUAUUUCUUUCCCUUGUUUUCCUCCAAGUUGCCUUUACUCUAA